ACACCGUGUACUGCUGUUGCAGAUCGACGACAUAAUGAUCCCGCUGCUGGAGGGCAGCCUGGACGACACGGCCGACCAGGAGUCCGAGCCCUCGUCCGCCUCCACCACGCAGCAGUACAACCGCGACUCCAGGAUCCGCGUGAACUACCGCUCGCUGUCGGAGAGCCUGAAGGACCUGGAGGAGCCCGACGAGAUCAAGCGCAAGGCCGACAAGCUGCAGAAGGCCAUCAACGCGCUGCAGAACACCGUCGACAAGAUACAGGCGCCCAACAUGAGGGCGAUGCAGAAGCUCAACGAGGUGCGCGAGAAAGUGAGCGCCACCAACGAGGCCUUCGUCGUGGCGCGGAAGCGCGCGCACAAGGCCAAGCUCGCCUUCGAGAAGGUGAAAAAGGAGCGACACGACAAAUUCAUAGAUUGCUUCGAGCACGUGGCCAACGAGAUAGAUGCUAUCUACAAGGCGCUGGCCAUGAACCAGUCGGCGCAGGCGUUCCUGGGCCCCGAGAACCCGGAGGAGCCGUACCUGGACGGCAUCAACUACAACUGCGUGGCGCCCGGCAAGCGCUUCCAGCCCAUGUCCAACCUCUCCGGCGGAGAGAAAACCGUCGCCGCGCUCGCGUUGCUCUUCGCCAUACACAGUUAUCAACCGGCGCCAUUCUUCCUUCUCGACGAGAUCGACGCGGCGUUGGAUAACACCAACAUCGGCAAGGUGGCGUCGUACAUCCGCUCCAAGCGCGGCAGCCUGCAGACCAUCGUCAUCUCGCUCAAGGAGGAGUUCUACGGCUGCGCCGACGCGCUCGUCGGGAUAUGCUCAGAGCCUGCGGACUGCCUCGUGAGUGACGUCAUCACCCUCAGCCUGGAGAACUACGACGACUGAACCAUAGGAUAGAAAUAAAUUAAUUUUAAUAUGAAUUUUACAAUAAUAUUACGAAUACGAUUAGUGCAUUCCCGUCGACUUCAUUCAUCCCGUCGACACCAUUAAUUGUUAAGUUUCUGACAUACAAUCUAAUGACGUUUGUAA